AUGACAACAACAACAACAACGGCAUCAUCAAAUCGUGUGGAAAUUAAGGAUGAAGAAGCCAAUGCAUCGUUUCUACUUGGUAAACGCGAUGUACUGUUGAAUAAUUAUCAAUCAGCAUGCGACCAUUUGUCGAAGACUUGUGAACGAAUUGUCAAAUUGUGUGGAAAUGACACGGCACCCGAACUUGCCGAACCAUAUUUCUAUUAUGGUCAAGCAUUACUCUAUCUUGGUCUUAGUGAACAACAAGUGUUCGGUAGUGAUAUUGUCAAAGAUACAGAUAAUGAUGAAAAUGAAAUUAUCGAAGAAGAGAACGAGGAAGAAGACGAAGCUGAAAAACCAGCGGAAGCUACUGCUAAUGGUGAAGAGGGAAGCAAUGAAAAUGAGGAUGAAUCUAUUCCUGAUGAUGACAAUGUCAAUGAUCUCGAACGUGCCUUUGAAAUUCUCGAAUGUGCACAUAUGAUUUACUCAAAGAUGUCAGAUGAUUAUCCAAACGAUGCAUUUAUUACCACGCGUAUUGCUGAUAUUCAUGUUAUGCUGGCAGAUAUCUGUAAUGAAAAUGGUGAUCACGAAAACGCUCUCUCACAUGUUCUCAAAGCCAUCGAAUUACAAGAAACCAUCAAUGAACAGCAACGUUAUCGUUUACUUGCUGAAAGUUACUAUAAAUUAGGUUUAAUUUAUGAAUUGAUAAGUAAAUUCUCGGAAGCUGUGGACAGUUUCAAUAAGGCGAUUGAUGCAAUUCAUCAGGCCAUGAAACAAUUGGAUGGUGACGAUAAAGAAAGCGAACGUGAAGACUUGAGAUCACUCUUACCAGCCAUGGAAUUGAAACGAAACGACGCCCAAGCAUCGGUCGCCGAUCGACAUCUAAUUGCCCAAGCACGAAAGAUUCUCUCGGGAACGAGUAACACAACCGAGAGUAAAACAACCGAAGAGCCGGCGAAAGACAUUACGUUGAAUAUUCGCCAUAAACGUCCAGUGACUGAAAUCGAGAAUGAUGAAGAUGUGACAAAGAAAAUCAGAAAUGAAUAA